AUGACUUCGGAGACGAACCUCGGCUGGCGGAGGGGCUUGAUGAAGACGCCGACGACCCGGAUCACCAUCACGAUGAGCAGCACCUGGAGGAUGAACAGAGGGAGGGAGUACUCGAGCGGGUUGUCACCCUGCCACACCCCGUUGGUGGUGAUCAUCGUCGGCGCGUAGCAGACGAUGAAUGACGCGGCGCUGUUUUCCAUGUGGAACCGGUUUCCGUCCACCGCCAUCUUCUUCGCAGCAGCUCACUCUUCUCUGGUGCACUCGACGUCUACGAGGAGAACGAACCAGAGGAGGAAGAAGGUGAGAUAGGAUAGGAGGGCAGGAAGAAAGGAAGCGAGAGGCCGACCGGAGAAGCAGAGAGGAAAAGUGGGGAGCCCUCGAAAUCGUCGGAAGCCCGACGAUUUCGGCCACCAUAUGGCUGACCCCCAAGAACAGGGGAAGACCUCUACGUGGUCUGAAGCAGGGCCUUCCGACAGAUCCUCUUCCUCAUUAAUCGAGUAUUUAAGGUGAACAAAUCUGUUCAUUUCUGUGAUCUAACCGCUCAUCGUCCAUCUAUCCAUAAACAUAAAAUCGAUUUGAUGAGAGUCCAUCAUAGUUUUCAUUUAAAGAGUAAAAAGCUCCGUUAAAUGGAUGAAUUGUUCCCUAAAAAUCGGCGAAUUUAUCUUCUCUGCGGGUAGACUCACAACGGAAAAAAAAAACUGGUUCAUUCAAGAUUCAGUAGUAUGGUUCUUAGAAUGGAAAAGACAGAACGAGUGAGAUGGACCCUCAAAACAAAAAGAUCGACAAAGAGGUCAGAGAACCCAGAUAAUUUUUUAAAAAAACAAAAUGGGAUACAGCAGAGGUUUGACUGUCCACAGAUUUCUGCUUGAACAUCUGUCAAUCAUCGUGCAUGUUUGCACAAGCAGCUGCUGUAAAUGAUAUAUAAAUUUCAAAGCGGCAAUCUGAUCUGAGGUUAAACAAAACAGAUGUUUUGGAUGAAACAGUUAGAUAUCACAUAUACCAACCAACAGCAGCCCUUGCAGCAGCCUAUCUUGAUCUGUAUCGAAUAUCUUCUUCUUCUUCCUCUUCUUCCUUUUUACCGUCAGACUUCUACCAGUUCAUUUACAGAAACGAGCCAGCGCACCUCCAUGUUCACCGGAGACCUUUAAAAGCACCUACGAGGUGGCAGAGCGUGACAGUGCCCUGGCAUGGUUGUGCUCACCUUCGUAGGUGAUUAUGAGCAUCGAAGGGUCCUCCAAACACCUCUCGACGUGCUUUCUUGCAGGGCAGCCUCUCAUGCUGCUGCAUUUAUAGUAUCCUCUGCAUAAUUUGGGCGAAUAAAAAAGCUUUCAGUUCUACGUACUCCUCUAUUCAGAUUACAUUUCAAACAAACAAUACAACAGCAAAGGAUGCUAAUCAGUGCUAUCAAACGACGGGCGUAUGAAUGAGACUGUGGGAGGUACUUUCCCCGAGAAACAGUCGGGGAAAAGACCUUCGCACAUAUUUGAUAAAAUAUGGUUCACCUCUUCGCAUAUAAGCCACUGAAAGCUUCUUAAAUCAGAAUACUCCGCUCAGCAUGAGAGAAAACAUGAUCAAAGAUUUAUAAUGGGAAAGACACUAAACUCGGAUCAAAUAAACCCCAAGCCUGCGGGUGGUAAUUUCAAUCAGGAAUCUAAAUAAGUGGGUUGCUUGAAAGGCAUACGACUGAUAGGUCCUGCAGGGAAGAUUAGAGCUGUAAACCAUGAAAAAACCCGAAAUUUCGUUACCAUAUACUGGUUUACGUUUACAGAGGGUAUAAACUGACAAAGAAAAAAAGGGUAGAAGUAACCUAG